AUGCACAGCGUGCAAGUUUGAGAAAGAGGGGACUUGUUGAGGAAAUAACACCACGCGCACUCGCCAAUUCGCGCCGCAGCGGACGUCACGGUUGCCGCUCGGCGAUCGGGCGCCCAUGCUGACUCGAUCGGUUUCCGAAGAAAAGGUGUAAGGUGUGUGUGUGUGCGCGCGCGCGUGUUAAUGCGAGCGUGACUUCACGUCGACGUCGCGCCCGAAGUUUUUUUAUUUAUAGCCGCUUUCAUUGAGCAAGACGCGAGCCGUACGCGAAACCUCGAGGAGACCCGUUGCCUCCGGCUGAUGACCCCGUCACUGUUCGAGGUCUGGCUGUGAAUCAUGUCGCGCCGCAAGCAGAAACGACCGCAGCAGCUCGUUAACGCGGAUCCGGGGGGCACGCGCCUGGCAUCGCAAGAUAAUCAGUUGGCGGUGAAGUCACCAUCAGACUCUCUUGCUUCAGAACCUACCUCAUCUUCUUCUUCAUCUCCAUCCCCCUCUUGCCUCCAAGAUUGUCAACCUCCCCUUGCCCCAAGGCCAUCACCUGGUGGGCUGCAUGCCCCUUCUCUUCCAAAUGAAAGUUCAUCCCCUCCACACUGGCCCAGCCAUAUUGCCCCCUAUACCACAUCUCUUCCAAAUACACAUUCUUCUCUCUCUCCAGAUUUUCCACACCCUUCCCUGUCUUCCCAGACUCAAUCCCCUCCUCCUGUCCAGCAAAAGGUUUCCCACAUUCCUGUACAUCAGUCUCAUUCCACCAUAUCCUCUCCUCAGAUGGGUAUCUCAGCCACAGCCAUUGGUUUAUCCUCCACAUCCACGUCUUCUCUUAAUGCUGGUCCACAUCCAAGGAGCCCUAAUACAACACAGCAAACUUCUUCCAAUCUCCAAGAAGAUGUUUAUGUGCCACCAACCCUAGCUGUGCUUUUAGAAGAACUUAGGGUAUUGCAACAGAGGCAGAUACACCAAAUGCAGAUGACUGAAGAAAUCUGCAGGCAAGUGCUACGUUUAGGUGGAGUAAUCACAAGCCAGGAUACAGCAUCUCUGGAAACCCCCCAAAGAACCUCAGAAUCUCUGUCACCUUCUAUAUCCAAUUCAGGUCCUUCUCAAGCUACAGCCUCUUCCAUAACAUCCUCUCUUCCAACACUAAUCCAAGAAUCUGUUACAAACCUCAACAUAUGUAAUGCAAAUGGGCACAAAGAUUCAUAUUCCUCUUCAUCAUCCACACCAUCUUCUUCUGCCUCAUCUCUAGUGUCCUCAGGAGCAUCUGUGCUACCUCUUUCUUUGUCAUUGGGUAUUCCCCGUUAUCUUCAUGAAAAGUCCCCUAACACAUCACUUAGUCAGACCGGUGCUGUUAGUUAUCAAACUCCUCUGCUAACCUCUACCACCCAGGAGCAGCUGUCACUCAGCUCUGCUGUGGGAUCCUCAGCUGGAUCAUUGACCACCUCAACAGGGCGCCAGCAACAUGUCUGUCGGUUUUGUGGUAAAGUUCUGAGCAGUGACUCCUCCUUGCAGAUUCAUUUGAGAUCCCAUACUGGUGAAAGGCCAUACCAGUGCCCUGUCUGUCUCAGUCGCUUUACUACCCGUGGGAAUCUAAAGGCCCACUUUCUCCGCCACCGUGAGCAGAAUCCAGAGCUGUCACUUUCUCUACUUCCACCUGCUCUGUCAGAGCAGAACCAGUCAGGAUCUGGACUUAUGGCAGUACAAAGACGCAGAAAGCGCCGUGCAGAAGAUGAAGAGUCUUUCGCAGUUAAAGGUGGUGUAAGUGUACCAGAUGGCUUAGCUCUUGGGUUUUUAUCUGGUUCAUCUUCUCGCCUUUCUUCAUCAUCUCUCCCACUUCCUCCCAGUGUAGAUUUAGCUCUCUUGUCCACUGCCCAUUCCCUGCUACAGCUCAAUCGCGCAUCUGCAUCAACAGUGGCAUCUGCUUCAGCUAGCAUACAGUCUUCCUCUUCAUCUACUACCCCCUCUUUAUCUUCCUCUGUAAUGACAAACCAAUUUAAAGGUGUUAAGCAACAGAGAUUUGAUGAAAAUACUCCUCCACACUCCACCAUACAUCCCACUUCUCCAUACUCUCAGCUGGCCCACCUCCCCAAGAUCCUGUUUCCCUCAGGUCCCUCACCUCAUCACCCUGGCCUGGCCCUCUUGAGGCCUCCUCACCUUACUUCCCCUCACCCCCAGCUCACUUUUCCCUUUUCCCCAUAUCCCAAACCCCAAUCCUCCUCCUCUUCUCCAUCUUCUUCAACUGCUACUUCUGACACCUGCAAGCUCCAGAGACUUGCACAGAAGCUGGAAAAGCAGCCUCCAUCAAAACCUUUCGGUGAAGAUCAGGCUAAUGGAAAUGCUCAAGCUAAUGAUGUUUCCACCACUACGUCCACUAGUACUAUCUCAGAGUACAGAAGGGAGAUGAUGACAGCCUUGGGCCUAAAUCCUAAUCCCAGCAGUGAUCUCAGCUCCCACAGCAUCUCAGGAUCAAUUUCCUCCCUACCAUCUCUGGUGCCUAACCAAUGUGGAGUUUGUCUGCGUGUACUUAGUUGCCCCAGGGCACUUCGUCUUCAUCAGGCCACUCAUCUUGGUGAGCGUCCUUUUCCCUGCAAGCUUUGUGGUCGCUCCUUUUCUACUAAAGGAAGUCUAAGGGCUCAUCUGGCUACCCACAGGGCACGUCCACCAAAUACACGCACACAGAACUCCUGCCCUCUCUGUCAGCGUAAAUUCACCAAUGCUGUGGUGCUACAGCAUCAUAUUCGGAUGCAUCUAGGAGGGCAGUUGCCACCAGAGGGCAAUGGAGAUCUGGGAACAGAGGAACAAGCUAAUCAAAUGGGCAGUGUCAUUCUGCCAAAGACCAUCCAAUCUCUUCCAAUUAAUAUGAGCAUGAGUGUGUCUUCCUCUGUUACUGUUUCAAGAACUAGGACAUCACCUGAAGCAAAACAAACAGAAGAUGCUCAAAAAGAUAUGCGUGACACACCUGUUAGUCAAGUAAAUCCAAUUACUGAUCAUGUCUUAGAAAAACAAGACCCCACUAGCCCAUAUACCAGUGACAGCACAUCUGCUAACUCCUCUCCUUUAGAAGAUACUGGCACUGAUGCUAACCCAAGCAGCGUUAGUGAUUUUAGUCUCAGUGCUCUUCAAGCUCUUCAUAAUAAGUCUCAAAUUUGUGCUGGAGUAAGUAAGGCUAAGGAGGAUGAUGAGAACAUUCCUCUGUCCCUCUGUACCAGAACCAGUUCCCAGGAUUCUUUGCCCAACAGCAGAGAUUACACAGGACCUUCUCAUCUGGUGGUCAAUGAACCAAAAUCCAACUCUCAGUCUGCAGCUCUCGAUCUUUCUCCAGCACUCACACCACCCUCCAGCCCAUCCCAUCAGCCCAAGACUGAACUCAGAGACACACAGAAAGUUGUGCCAGUUAAUGAAAAGGACAUGGAUCCUGAGCUCAGUGAAGGAGGUGUAUCGUUGUCCUCAAUAAUUACUAAUAGAGCACAAGGGGAGGAGAGUGAGAACACGAUGCCUAGCGAUGCUCAAGAUUUAAAGAGGAAGGAAGGGGUUAUCAAACCCACAGAAAUAAGUCAUGGAAACUGGAUUAAAGAUGAAGCUGAAAAUGCAAUGACCAAGUCAGAUACUCAAGCGAUUCCAACACAGCCUGCUCGUACUGAAAAGCCCUACAGCUGUAUGCACUGUGGCAAAGAGUAUGCCAGCCGUAGUGGACUAAAGGGACACAUGAAAACCCAUAGUGGAAUAAUGACCAAUGAGCUGAAUGCAUCAGUUGUGCCACAGUCUUUGGAGGGAAAUCAUAAAGACACUACAGAGGCUAGUCCCCAUGCUUCCACUGAAAACCUGCAAGAAAGAAAAGAAAAUGGAAUAGAAACGACUUCUGAAGCAUUGUCCUUAACAGAGGAUUCUCUGCCUAUUGCUGGUUCAGCCGAUGGAGGGCAGAAGUCUGGAGACAGGGUCUAAAAGGAUGUAAAAGAAUGCAGAGACAUAAUGUGUCAGUUAUUAAUCAAUCAUUUUUACUUUUCUUGUGUUAGAUGUAGCUCUUGUGUUAUUGUAGAAUAAUAGUGAGUGUUAACAUGGUAAUAUUAGUGCCUUUUUCUGAAAACAAGGAAAUGUUGAUGUACACAAAGUCCUUGUUAUCAGAUAUCAUCGUACUUCGAAUCAGGUGUAAUGGUUGAAAAAAAUGGUGGUAUUUGUAUAUUACAAAUCGUUCAAUGUUUUGAUUUCCAGCCAUUUACAAUAGAGAUAAUGCCAACAAAAGUAAGGUUAUUUGAAAACAAAAAGGAUUUGCAUACCAAAUCAUAUCAUCAGCAGUGGUCAGCUCGAUAGAAGUGGACGAAAAUUGAAAUUGAUCCUUUAUUUUCAUUUUUCGUUUCAUCAUCAUUGAUGGUUUUCUCUCCCUUCAUUAUAACCAUUAUGUUUCUGUAUGUACUGUAUGGUUUUCUAUGUUGUAGCAUCUCUGUCAACCUUUUAUUAAUGAGAUUUGAUUUUUUGGAGAAAAAUUUACUUUGGCAUGUCUCAAAAUGCAAUUAAUUUCACUGGAUUCAUCACUCUGACUGUGGUCAUGUAUUUGGAUGGAAAUUAGGACAAAUCUAUACACCCUAACGGCUGUAGAAUAAGCUUCUGUGAAAGCCACUUUAUUAUUGUUAAAAACAUUUAAAAUCUUUAGGCAGAGAGAUAAAAAGAUCGUUAUCUUUAAACCAAUCUUUAUUUCAUUAACAGGCAUAUAGUUUGCCAAAAUGACCAUUUAUUUGAUAUCUUCAGUCACUCAAGACAAAUGCUGCCCUUUGUCAGUGUAUUGUACAGAACUCUAUUUUGCCCAAUUUUUAUUUUGAUUUUUUUUUUUACUUUGUGUGUUCCCCAUCACUGUUGCCUUUAAAAAUGUGUACUUCAUUGUUUCGAGGUUUAGGAAUAAAAGCCGAAUGAAUGUCAUGUCAUUCAGAUAAAUAUUUGUGUAAUGUGCGAAUUACUAAACAUACAAGAGAAUCAUUGCCAUAA